GCUCCCCCUGGAGGAACUGGAGGAGGUGUCUGGAGAGAGGGACGUCUGGGCGUCUCUGUUGAGUCUGCUGCCCCCGCGACCCGGUCCCGGAUAAAGCGAAAGACGACGAGUACGAGUACGAGUAGUUGUCCAUCAUUUAUUCACAUAAGGCAACCUAGGUACACAGGUUUCUACUGAGCACAUUUUUUACAAGUGGUUCACAAAGCUAUUAGGUUUUACACUUUCAAAACAAUAUUGGGGCACAUAUUGGUCAGAGCACAGCACACUGUCACAAUUUUGUCCAGUAAAACCACAUCCUGAGAGAGAGUGAGUCCAAGAUGUAAAAAAGGUAAUCAGUCAGGAUCGGACUCCAUAAAUUCAUAGGCUGGCUUUACUAAGAUAGAAAUACAUGCUUAGACAUAUGUUGCUUUGCAGCUUAUGCCUCGGAAGCCCAGGUCUGAUGCGCCUGCUACAGGAUAUGUGUCACUUUAAAGAGGGACAGAACUCUAACAUAAUUUAUCAUAAUGUCAGUUUUUUACAUCACAAAAACCUGACAUUUUAAUGGUCAGGUGUUCACUGUUCAUAUUCACUGUAUGUGUGGACUAAUCAGGAACCACAGAGGCAGUUGAUGGUCUGAUGUGUUUGUGUUUUGUGAAUAUUUUUGGCCUUUCAACAAACCCGGGAUCAUAUCAAAGAUACAUCUCUUAAUACCUGAUGUUUUAUCUUCUCAAUAGGCCCGAGUCAGAUUUAAGAUUUUAUCAGAUCCAGAUAGUACUUAAAGACUCUCCAAUAAUAAAGUUUGUCUUUGCAAAAAAAAAAAAAAAAAAAAAAAAAAACUAAACAGUUGAGCAGAAAUAAUUUUUACUCAACAUUGCUGCAAUUGAAGUACAUAUGUAAAUUUCUAACACACAGUUUCACUUCCUGAAAUAGUUUUGAAUUUCGAUUCUCUGAGAAAGUAAAAGAGAUGAAUUCAUAAUAUUUUCUUCAGACGAACAGCAAAAGGAUAAACCACCAAGAAAUUUAAAACCACUUUCAAUAUUUAUGAAACGGAACAGAAAAACUAAGUAAACUACAUAAGAUACUGCAAAUCAACUGGAACACCUCUUUUCUUCAGUGAAGCAUGGUAGUGGCGGGAUAAUGCUGUGUGGAUGAGAUUUUUUUUUAAUAGGGACAAGGUAACCAGUCAGAGUUGAUGUGUGAAGUUAAAUUCAAGACAAUCCUGGAAGGAAACCUGUUGGAGGCUGCAACAUUCGCAAAAUUCUUAAGACUGGGGUGGUGUUUCACCUUCUAACAGGAUGACCCAAACAUACAAUAAGAGAUAAAACUGGAAUGGUUUAGAUCAAAGUAUCCUCAUGUUUUAGAGAGGACCAGUCAAAGUCCAGCCCUAAAUCCAACUGAGAAUGUGUAACAAGAGUAGAUAAUUGAUGUCUACACAUGUUCUUCAUCAAAUCUGAGUUUGGCCGAUUUGGUGAAGAAGUUUCUGGAUGUGCAAAGCAGAUAGAGACAUACUUCAAAAGACUUGCAGCUGUAACUGAUGGAAAUGUAGUUCUACAAAGGGAGACUGACUAUAAAGUCAGACCAAACUAUUCAAAUAUCCACUGCUGAGAAAAAAACCCACAACAUGCGGCGGUUUUUUCCACUUCACAGUUAUGCACAUCUUCAUGUUAGUCUAUCACAUUAAAAUCCCAAUAAAAUGUAUGAAACUCUUUGGUUGUUACGUGACAAAAUGUGAAAAGCUUCACGUGGGGUGAAUGCUUUCCUAAGGUCAGGAACUCUGAAACCGCUCAUCUAAAAGGCCUUUUACUGGACUGAUCUGAUACUUGGGAUUGGAUCAAUACAUCCCUGAUAAAACAACAUAAAACGUUAAUAGUAAAAAAUUAGUGCACGAGGGAUCAACCUAAGCAAAGAGUGAGGCCUGUGUUUUAUUUCACAAACUGCUUUUUCUGUUAGUGCACAACACAUCCACAUAUGAUACAAAAUACAUGAACACACAGUUAUAAUUCAAACAUGUUUCUUCAUAAAUGCAUCUUGAGCUUUGAAUAUUCCAUCAUUACCUCUAGGUAAAAAAAGCUAGUUGACAUUAUGCAAAACUGUGUUUUGUAACGUGAAGCAGCUGGAUAUUCACUCUGCAAAUGGGUUGGAUCACACCUUUCUCUUUUGCAUUUAUUUUUCUCUGUUAGUCAGCCAGCUCUUCCUUUAGAAACAUCAUGCAAAUGCCAAAGUUUCUGUCAAAGAAAGGAGAAGUUGAAACUAUAAUUUGGAAAAACACAUGAGAAAUUAUCACAGAUCUGACUUACUGAGAAAAACUUUUAGCACAACAGUUUCAGCUCAAUUAGUUAUAAAAUGUGUCUAAACUCAACAAUGAGGAUAUUUUUUACAGCUACUAUCUGGUGGCUGACAGUUGGUGGAAGUUCGCCUUUAGUUGAAGGGACAAACAAAGAACCCCUCAAUACUGCCUGCAACGGUACUAGAGUGGACCAAACAGCACAUGUUGGAGAAUCUGUUUCUAUCACCUGCAAAUAUCCACAAGCAGAUAAAAGCAGCAUCAGAUACUUCUGCAGACAUGCUGGAAACUUCACCUGCACAAAUAUAAUUUCAGCGCAGCAUUCUAAAUACACGAAACUGCCCAGGUUUUCCCUCACUGAUGAUAAACAGCAGGGGGCGUACACAGUGUUAAUCUUCACUCUGACUCAGGAGGAUGCCGGCAAAUAUCAGUGUGCCUUGAAAACACAUAAUUCCAUCACAUGCUUGCAAGACGUCCUCCUCCAUGUUCUGACCAAAACCGGCAGCAAAACAGGACAGCCCCCAGGUCAACCUGAGCAACUUGCAGCGCCACCAACAAAAAGCAUUAGAAUCCAGCAAGAUUUUCGUUCUGGCCAAGGAAGCAGUUCAGGCCCGAUCGCUGGUAUUGUGUGUGCUGUCUUGAUAGUGGUGGUUAUAGUUGUACUCAUACUGUGCAGACGGAAACUCUUCAACAGACAAGUGAGUUGUGCUUCAGAGGGAGCAUCAGAGCAGAAGACAAACACUGUACAAAUCACAGAGAGAAAUGAUGGAGAUCACCAAUAUGAAGAAAUCCAGAUGCAGAACAAACAAGCGAACACAGUCUGCUCUCAUUAUUCCACAGUAAACCCACCUGCAGAGGACCUGCACUACACCAGCAUCAAUAUCAAGGGAGACAGGUCCACUGGUACUGAUAAUAAUAAAAAUGGAUCUUGCACCUCAAACAUCAGUGCCGAAGGUGCAGCACAUGCUCCAGCAGAGACAACUCUCUACAGUACCAUUGCAAAGCAUGGAGAAUAGUGUAGUCAGGUGUCUUUUGUGUUUUCUCUGGAACAUGCUGUAAGAAUUUUAACUUUCCCUGCAUACAUAAAGAAUGAACACUUCAAAUUGCUUGUGGAUUUAAAAUGAGGAAGGUCAAAGGUCAGGGGACCCUUUUUCCCACGUAUCCCAAUAGAGAGGGUACAUGGAGCAUCAGCCCCAUCCAUUUGUAUAGAGCCUGCAACUUAUUGUUGUGUAACUGCUAUUACAAGAUACGUCUCAACAUCUUGCUCUCCGGUUGCAGACUUUAUGGGAUAGUGGAUUUACAGCCAUGAAGUGUUCAGGAACUCUGGGAAGUGUAUGCUGCCAUUAGAAAGAAACCACAUGCAGAUACUUUGCUGUGCCUGUAAAUAUGUGAAAAUCUGUGGCACCAGACUCUGAACAGCCUCAGGAGUUUUACAGUUGUUUUAUUUUUUUACAGUUAAACUAAUUGCAUGCCUUGGUGUAUUUGUUUUGGUUCUUUCAAUUGGGUUUCAGGUAUCUUGUUUAUCUUUUGUCAAAAAUGUUAUCAUUUAAAAAUUCAUUUCCAUGAGGAAAUACUUUCUUUUGUUAGUUGCCAUAUUGUUUAAACCUGAGUUUUAUAAUGCACAAUAAAGUGCAGGUAAAAAAGAAUAUCAUCAUCCCCUCUUUAAUAGAAAAAAAUUAUAAUUUUGAUAAGCCAGAGAAUAGGUCCUUUUUUGGACAUUUUGUUUCUACAAGCAACAGCUGAUCACAAUGAAUUGCACAAAUGUCUCUAAAAUACUUGAGUAUACAGGGUCGACUCAAUGACGAUUGAAAAUUGCAAUUGAAUUUAUAUAUCUAGCACUUUUGAAAACAUAAAUCAAAUUCCUAGCGCUUAGCCCAAUAAAACUGAGAGAUAAAUAUUACCAGAAUAAAAAUUAUCAACCAAACUUGCAAAUGAAUAAGUGCAGAUAGAUAGGAGCGACACUAUUAAGUAAUUAUUAAAAUAGCAGUCUGUGAGGCAAUGCUGUUUAAAGCUGGUCAAAUUAAAUGACAUACAAUUCUCCUUGAACAGAUAGGUUUCAGCUUAGACUUAAAAGCACAGGGAAAAUCAGCAGACUCUGACCAUUACAUUAUCAGACUUUGGAGGGAAUUUUCUGGGACUUUUCUUACUGUAUAAUGAUGGGCUUUUGCUUGUCUUGUAUAAUAAAAUUGCUUCCUUAAAAGGAAAUGAAAGACAUAAGCAAUGACCUUACAGAAACAGUUGAUGCUGCCCAUCAAUCUGAGAAAAGUUAUAAAAUCAUUUUCAAGCAAUGUAAAAGCCCAUCAUUGUACAGUAAGAGAAAUCUCAGAAAAUUCACUCCUAAGUCUGAUAAUUUAAUGGCCAGUCAUUGGACAGGUUACACAUUUUUUGAUGUGAAAUUCCAUACUUUCCAGACUCACAUAUUAAGUUUUAUUGCCUGUAUUUUUUACAAUAUUAAUAUUUAAAUAUAUAAGUAUUAAACGUCGAACAACUCGAAUGGUAGUCACAUCUUAUUAUCAAAAUGGAUGAAACAAAGCUUAAUUAUUAAAUUAACUUGAAUUAUUAAAUAAACCUGAGCUCAAAGCUCAAGUUACAUUUAUGAAGAAACAUGUUUGAAUUAUAACGGUGUGUUCAUGUAUUUUGUAUCAUAUGUGGAUGUGUUGUGCACUAACAGACAAAACUCAAAUACAUCAGAACAUCAACUGCCUCUGUGGUUCCUGAUUAGUCCACACAUCCAGUGAAUAUGAAAAGUGAACACCUCAACAUUAAAAUGACAGGUUUUUGUGAUGUAAAAAACUGACAUUAUGAUAAAUUAUGUUAGAGUUCUGUCCCACUUUAAAGUGACACAUAUCCUGUAGCAGGCACAUCAGACCCCGAGACUGAAGCCCGGGAUGUUUUCUGAAUAGAUCUCACCAAAGAAGACAUUAACAAGUACAUUUCUGUUAAAAACAUGCAUUAAGCCCCUAAAUGACA